AACAAAUAAAAUACUUAAAAAAAAUUUUUUUUAAAGGAAAGAAUCUGUCUUAGGGAGGAGGAGUGGUUAUUUCCUGACCGAGUUGAGGAAUUCUAAGUGGUGCAGGGACAUUUUAGUACCACUAUUUAAUCUCUGCUGUUUAUUUUUCCUUGUACCUGCCUGCCCCUUGGCCCUGUCUCUUUUUUGUUCCAUUUACCUGUGUUUUCCUAUCCUGCUGUUCCUGGGUUGGUCCAGUAACUGUUAAGUACCUGCCGUGCACCAAGCCCUGAUCGGAUCUGCUUGACCAGGGGUGACGAGAUCACACAGUCUCCGGCCUCAAUGAACUUUUUGGACUCUGAAGUGGGUUUGAAGGCCAGUUCUCUCACGUACUGGUUUUAUGACCACGGGCAAGUCACUGAGCCUGUGUCCUCAUCCGUAAGGUGAAGGUCGCAUCCUGUGAGGGUUCAGUGAGAGGACAUCCCUUUAGUGACGGCCUAAGUGUUUAGAAAGUGCUCCUUCUCUUGCUUCUUUGUCGGCUUGUCUCCAUCUGUCUCCUUCAGGGCUGACGAGGAAGGUUCCUGGGUCCUCCCUGGCCAGCAGAGUUCUCACGGCCUCCAGCCAUGCGUCUCUCUGCCCUGCUGGCCUUGGCCUCCAAGGUCACUCUGCCCCGCGACUACCGCUAUGGGAUGAGCCGCCCAGGCUCUCUCGCAGACAAGAGGAAGAACCCUCCGGGGACCAGGAGACGCCGGGUGGCCGUGGAGCCCAUCUCGGAUGAAGAGUGGCAUCUGUUCUGUGGGGACAGGGUGGAGGUCCUAGAGGGCAAGGAUGCUGGGAAGCAAGGCAAAGUGGUUCAAGUCAUCCGGCAGCGCAACUGGGUGGUCCUGGAGGGACUGAAUACGCACUACCGCUACGUGGGCAAGACCGUGGAUUCCCGGGGAACCAUGAUCCCCAGCGAGGCACCCCUGCUGCACCGCCAGGUCAAACUUGUGGAUCCUGUGGACAGGAAGCCCACCGACGUGGAGUGGAGAUUCACAGAGGCUGGAGAGCGGGUACGUGUCUCCACAAGAUCGGGGAGAAUUAUCCCCAAACCUGAGUUUCCCAGAGCUGACGGCAUCGUCCCUGAGACCUGGACAGAUGGCCCCAAAGACACAUCAGUGGAAGACGCUCUAGAAAGAACGUACGUGCCCCGUUUAAAGACACUGGAGGAGGAAGUGAUGGAGGCGAUGGGGAUUCAGGAGACGCGGCGACACAAGAAAGUUUACUGGUACUGAUCUUGGGGACAGGGGCUGUUCCCCUCGCCUCAGCCUCGAAGGUCGGGGCCACUCUUCUCCAAGACACCAGGAAGAGCCAUGAGUUUCCCCCCCACGCAGCUGCCGCCGCCUGCUAGACCCCGACCCCUGCGCACCUGCGCUCAGGACUGCAGGAAGGGGCAUCUGUCCUUAUGUGUGACAGCCUGGGUGGAAGUUAGGCAGCCUCCACGGGGGCAGGGCUUGCGAGGCCCGGGGGACCCAUGCGUCACGGGCUGCUGCCCGUCGGGGAGGCUGGUAGGGCUGGGGGCGGAGAAAUCAAACUGGCAGAGAAAUACAGAUUUCGCUUAUUUAAUAAAUUAAAGUCGUA